CACACAUAUUGCUACCCCUUCGAAACCCCUCGUUAAGGCAAGUCGAAUGACAGGGUAGAAUGAAAAUGAGGCGGACGCUUGGUGAUCUCCUCAGUGCAAACGCGUCCCUUCGAAGAGACCUCUAGACUUGGAUCAUAUCACUAUGGGAGCUGUUUGUAUUGCAAGGCACUUUUGUUUGUUUUUCCUCUUGUUAAAUACCCGCCAAAGCGCCGCACUUGCAGAGAAUCGAGAUGCAGAUCAGUGUGCCGAGGGAAGCGACGGCUGUCACAUUGAUGCUAUUUGUCAAAAUACUCCUGCGUCGUACAAGUGCACGUGUAAAACAGGCUUUAAAGGGGACGGCAAACAGUGCGAAGACAUUGAUGAAUGCGAUAUCGAGUACAAUGGUGGCUGUGUACACGAAUGUAACAACAUACCAGGCAAUUAUCGCUGCACUUGCCACGAUGGAUUCAUGUUAGCACAUGAUGGACAUAAUUGUCUAGAUGUGGACGAGUGUUCGCUCAACAAUGGCGGAUGUCAGCACGUGUGCGUCAACACCAUGGGCAGCUACGAGUGCCGCUGCAAGGACGGCUUCUUCCUCAGCGAUAACCAGCACACCUGCAUCCACCGCUCUGAAGAGGGCCUGAGCUGCAUGAACAAAGAGCACGGCUGCGCACACAUCUGCAAAGAGACGCCCAAGGGGGGCGUGGCCUGCGAGUGCCGGCCCGGCUUCGAGCUCGCCAAGAACCAGAGAGGCUGCACCUUGACCUGUAAUCACGGUAACGGGGGAUGCCAGCACAUGUGUGAUGACACGGAGCACGGGCCCAUAUGCAGGUGUCACGCGAGAUACACGCUACACGCAGACGGGAGAUCCUGUGUAGAGAGGGACGAGGCGUCGGCAGAGACUCCAGAUCACAAUGCCACAUCGCUCGCCGAGGUCGACAAGCGGGUCAAGCGGCGACUGCUCAUGGAGACCUGUGCCGUCAACAAUGGGGGCUGUGACUGCACCUGCAAGGACACGUCCACUGGGGUCCACUGUAGCUGUCCUGUGGGGUUCACCCUCCAGCCAGACGGCAAGGCCUGCAAAGACAUUGACGAGUGCCACAUCCACAAUGGCGGUUGUGACCACUUCUGCCGGAACACCAUUGGCAGCUUUGAAUGCAGCUGUAGGAAGGGCUUCAAGCUCCUGACGGACGAGCGAUCCUGCCAGGAUAUAGACGAGUGCUUCUUUGAGAGGACGUGUGACCACACGUGCGUGAACUCUCCUGGGAGCUUCCAGUGCGUGUGCAAUAGAGGCUACACGCUGUACGGCCUGGCUCACUGUGGAGACGUGGACGAGUGCAGCAUCAACAACGGCGGCUGUGAGCACAGCUGUGAGAACACCAUGGGAGGGUUCGAGUGCCACUGCAACGUGGGCUUCAAGCUGCACUGGAACAAGAAGGACUGCGUCGAGGCGGAGGGCGUGCCCCCGGCCCAGCCGCCCGCUAAGGCCACCCUCAACUGCAGCCGACAGGAAGGGGGCGACCGCUGCUUCCUGACCUGCCAGUCGCAGGUGCACAUCAGCAGCGGGAACGAGGAUUCCUACACGGUGACCUGUGGAAUGCCCCUCCUCUGCUUCACUGGAAGACAAAGAAACGAGAGCGGCUCCCACUGCUCGGGGACGGAUGUGACAAGCGCACCAUGGAUUAAGACCUCUGCUACUUUCAAAUCCGGCCCGGGGAAGUGCAAUUUGAAAAGGAGCCAGGAGAAGCUGAAGGAAGGUUUGAACGCUGCUCUGUCAGACAGGAAGCUGCCCUUCACGGAGAACGUGCAGUUCAGCUUCGUCAGCCUGCGCUGCAGCUCGUCCGGACGCCGGCUGCGCAGUCGGCUCGGCAGGAAGGCGGGUGAGGAGGAGGGGUCCUCCAUCACCGCCGAGUUCCAGCUGGACGUCAGCCUAGAGGAGGUAACAGAGAGCUGUGACCUGGGCUGCGUGCGGCGGCGUUCGGAGAAGCGGCUGCGGAAGACGAUCCGGACGCUGCGCAAGUCCAUCAACCGCGAGCAGUUCCACCUGCGCUUCGCCGGCUCCGAGUACGAGCUGGCCAAGAAGAUGGGCCGGCCCGCCGAGGCGCCCGAGCACUGCGCCACCGGCCAGGUGCUGCUGGACAAGAAGUGCGUGAGCUGCAGUGCUGGCACCCAUUACGAUGGGGAGCAGGGGAGGUGUGUCUUGUGCCCGCCUGGUACGUACCAGGACGAGGAGGGCCAGGUGUCGUGCGAAACCUGUCCCGGGCCAGAGGUGCUGGGGAGCCCCAGGACCAUAGGGGCCCGGAACAUCUCCGAGUGUGGAGGUCAGUGCCCUCCCGGUCAGUACUCUCAUGACGGCUUCAUCCCCUGCCUGCCCUGUCCCCUGGGGUCAUACCAGUCUGACACGGGGCGCACUUCCUGUUUUCCCUGCGGAGGGAACCUUGUCACCAAGCACAGCGGGGCCCUCUCCUUUCAGGACUGUGAGACCAAAGUGCAGUGCUCUCCUGGACACUACUACAACACCAGCACACACCGCUGCAUCCGCUGCCCCACAGGGACCUAUCAGGGCGAGUUUGGCCAGAACUACUGCAUGGCCUGCCCAGGAAACACCACCACAGACUUUGACGGGUCCACCAGCAUCAUGCAGUGCAAAAACCGACACUGUGGAGGAGAGCUGGGAGAUUUCACCGGCUAUAUCGAGUCGCCCAACUACCCCGGGAAUUACCCUGCCAAUAUUGAGUGCACCUGGACUAUCAACCCCCCGCCCAAGAGAAGAAUCCUCAUUGUGGUCCCUGAGAUAUACCUUCCCAUUGAGGAUGAGUGUGGAGACUACCUGGUCAUGAGGAAGAGCUCUUUUCCAAACUCGGUAACGACCUACGAGACGUGUCAGACAUAUGAACGGCCCAUUGCUUUCACCUCUCGCUCCAAGCGACUGUGGAUCCAGUUCAGAUCUAAUGAAGGCAACAGUGGGAGGGGCUUUCAGGUGCCCUAUGUUACGUAUGAUGAGGAUUAUCAAGAGCUGAUUGAAGACAUAGUGAGGGAUGGAAGAUUGUAUGCAUCUGAGAACCAUCAGGAAAUUCUUAAGGACAAGAAGCUGAUGAGGGCUCUGUUCGAUGUUCUGGCUCACCCGCAGAACUUCUUCAACUACACCGCCCAGGAGUCCAGGGAAAUGUUCCCCAAAUCGUUCAUCCGGUUCUUGCGCUCGAAAGUCCUCAGGUUUCUACGGCCGUAGGAGACGCAUCACAGGGGGAAUCAAAAGUGGCGGUGGAUUGUUAUCACCUCGUCUUUAUCGCUCCCCGUGGUGUGUAUGUUUCUUGACAGAGAAAAAUCUUAGUAGUUAAAAAACUGGAAAGCUGUCCUGCGUUUUCCCAGUAGCCUUGCACCUGUCUUCUUCUGUUGACCAAGGCCAGUGAGGAAGACGGCCACAGGACAGUUAACAGUUCUGCUCUGGUUCCCCAAAGAGAGGAAACUAUUCUCCUUCUGCCUGAUAGGAUCUUAUCCUUCGGACUACUUUAACUGGACUUCCAUUGAACCCAUCAGUAUCUGUGACAGGACAGGGGAUGGCUUGUUUUCUGAUGGUAUUUCUAUCUGUAAUACUGAGACCAGGUCCUGCACUGUUACAGUACUUACCACAGUUAAAUUAUGUUUAUCAUUUGUCCACAUUGUGGCUUUGAGCAUAACUUUAAGUGGCAAAGUAAAGUAUUUUUCCCCAAUUCUAGCAGAACCUUGUUAAUAUUCAUGCUUAACUCAUGUUGUUGUGCAAGUACUGAAAAUAAGCUACAUUUAUCUAUGAAAUUCAUUGCCAUUAUAGUUCAUCUGACUUUUAAGUGUGAAUUUGUGUAUUGAAAAAUAAUUAUCAGUUUUUUUCUUUGCGAUUUCCACAAUAAAAGACCAAUAUAGGGAGUGCGAUUCAGAAAAUUAUAUUAAGUUGGACAUCAUUAACAAUCUCACCUUUUUUUGGAAAUCUAUGCUUUGGUUUACAGUACUUAAUACUGGAGAACACUUUGACUCUUCAAAUGUCUCAUGGUGAAAACAACAUCGUGUGAUUUUCCUUUCCAGAGAAAGUUGAAACUGUGUAUCAUAUGAUUUCAUGUUACUCGCUGAAUGAUAUUUUUAUUGUCUGAUUUUAUUCCAAAAUCAGCUGAACUAUUUUGAAACAUUGUAUAUAAAGAAAAUAUGUUUCAUUGUUGGGAAGCAAUUGUGAUAGCUCAAUGAGUCUGAUAAUGAGAUAUAUAAAUAGCACAAGUGUGUACUUUCAGUGGUACCUUGCCAGCACUACAAGAAAAGUAGUGACUCAGAUAAAGCAAUUAUCUUUUAUGAAUGUCUUGUAUAUUAUGUAAAAAAAAAAAAAGAAAUUAGACAAAAGACAAUGUAUUCUAGUUGACUGCAUUCUCUGGUGACUGUUUGGAUUUAGGUGCAUAAGAAUUUGGACCUCUGAAAGCAUACAAGGUCUUCUUGUAAGUGCUGCAGCUGCGGUGUAAUUAGACAGAAACUGCUCUCAAACACUUAUUUGGUUAUUCUGUCUGGAUUCUGAAUGAAUAUAACAUGGUCGGUCAUUUAUCUGUCCACUAUAGCAAUUGUAAAGACUUCCACGGACUUCUGUCACUUCAAACAGUGAUUUAAACAGAUUGACUGGUUGUAAAUUUGGAAGUUACAGCCUACGGUCACUCUGUAACUUUGAAAUAAUGUUAUGACGUUACAUAUUUUGAGAUCUUCAAAAAACUCUAUCCAGCUUUGCCCUAGAAAAUAAAACGUCUAUCUUUUUAUGCUUAUACACCUAACAUGUUGUAAAUAAAAUAAAU